AUGCUGACACCGAUUUUGGCAUACUUUCUAUCGGUUCUCCUGCUGUGUCGGAUAGCGUUCUCUCAAUACUCCAGCGAUCAGUGUAGUUGGAAGGGCAGGUGAGAGUUCUUCUUUAUAACUUUCAUUAUUUCAUGAACUGCUUGUUCAUAAUGGUCGAAUUGAAAAGGAGCUGUGCAGACGCACUAUUUGUAGGCUACCAUUUAGAUUUGAAUGCUUAGUUUUGUGGAAAUUAAAGUUACAGAAUGGUGAAUGCGUCAGUGUUUUUAUCCAAGGCCGACUGGUGAAGAGACUGUUACAAUGUAAUAAACUAAAUAGAGAAUGAGUUAUCCGUUCUCUUCUGAGAGGUGAAUUGCAAUAUUGUUUCCCUCUCACUGAAUGAUCACCUUGAGUCAGGUCUGUGGAAUGCUACUUCUGUCAAGGAAGCCAAGUGCAGAGGUUUAUUUAUUUUAAUUUUAUUUUCACAACAUAAUGGUUUUGAUAUUAUUACAUAUUUUUGCUAAUUAUAGUUUAAAGCAUUAAUAAUCAACUGAAAUUGACUCUUUUUUUAAUCCAAGCGUUCUAAUUUGGAACACUUUUAGGAGCACGUUUUAAUGUUGAUACAUUUCAAUGUUCAAAAUGGAAACGCAUACAUUGAUUCAUGAAAAAACACACUGAUUAGAGGACAUGAUGGCCUAGCUACCCUACAGCAGUAAAAGUACAGUUUGAGGUGGCUCCUCACAACGUCAAUAACAGGCUACCUUGUAUAAUUUUCUACAUCUCAAGGCCACUUUGCCCUUUUGGUUCUUACUUCCCUACCUACACUUGUUUUAUAAAAUGUAUAGUCUGACUUUUUAGAAGCAGCACCAUGGCUUAAAUAUUGAUAUAGUAAGAGGCUUUAGUACUUGACUGACACCUCUUGAAGUUUGACACUUCAUGAAUGCCUCUAAUAUGCUCUAUGUAGAUAUUAAAUUACUGCUGAUGAUAUGGUGAUGUUACACAGGUAAAAACACUACUUUUCAUCAUCAAUCAUCUAUUACAGACAAUCUAGUGGGUGAAAUUGGGUGAAUGUCCAAUUGGGUGAGUGUCCAAUUUGGUGAGCUGCAGUGCCAGGAAGAGAAAGUGGUAAUGUUUCCUCUUCCAAGCCAGCCGAGGAGUAGUCUUACUAAGCAGUUACUCUGAGCCUGUACCAAUGAAUCUGUUGCUCGUUAGCUCUCCUUUUAGCUAAUCUCUUCUAAUUGCAUGCAGACUAGAGAUGGAGAGAUGGUGGAGGAGGAGUUGAACUGAGUUAAUUAAAGAGAAUGUGGUGAGGAGUGGAAAGGCUGGUUGGGUUAUGAUGACCAACAUGUGCUCUCCUCUGGUCCUCACAUCAAUGGGCCUUAUUCAUAUUUCACCAUUUCAUUUUCAUUUUUAAAUUGGGUCAUUCCUUCCAAAAAACAUCCUAACCACCAGCAUGUUGCUGUUGGCAUGGCAUCCAUAUGGUAAUAGAAGUCUGCUGCUAGUUUCCAGCCUAUAGGCCUCUAUAGCUUGGCUUUGCUACGAAUGACAGACUUGGGCCCUAGUCUAGGACUUCAGAUGAUGCAUUAAGUUCUCUGUUUGCAUCCCAAAUGGCACCCUAUUCCCUACAGUGUCCUAUGGGCCCUGGUCAAAAGUAGUGCACUACAUAGGGAAUAGGGUGCCAUUUGGGACACUCGGCCUGUCAGUGUGUGUAUGGAGUAAGUGGUUCGGUGGUGCUGUCUGUCUGGCGCCGGGGGUUCUGUCCAGAGUGCUGCCCGGACAUGUCUCUUCCAGUCCUUUUGUCCCGGCAGCAAGGGGAGGUUUGGGUGAUUGACCUGCAUUUUGCUCUUGCAUUCAGCAGAGGCUCCUGGCAGCCUGGUUACUGUUGCUGUCGUUGGUUGUCUAAGUCGACUCCACUGUGUGUUCGCGGUGCAGCAGAAGCCUCUGUGAGGCUGUGUCCCAAAUGGCAUGUUAUUCCCUAUACAGUAAAAUACCUUUGACCAGGGCCUAUGGCGCUAUAUAGGGAAUAGGGUGCAAUUUGGGAUGCAGCCUCUGUGAGUCUGUGUCCCGCUCCUGUUCAUUCAUCCACUUCUGUCUCUAGACUCUGUCUCCCCCCCCCCCCCCUCUCCGACCCUGCCGCAGCCUGCCAGGCAGUCGGUAAUGUGUUGCCAGAGCAGUGAGCCCAGAAGGAACGAUGUGCCAUAAGACGUUGGGGUUGAGGUCAGUUGAGCCGCGUGGAGGCAGGGCGGCUCGUGACUGGUCAUGCUGCCGGCCGUGUGCAGCACGGAGCCGCAGGAGCCUUAACACUUUGUCUAAGGAUAUUAAACCACCGCCAGGCAACACACAGCUACACACACACACUUUGCCUAUUUCCAAUAUAGUGCACUACUUUUGACCAGAGCCCUGUAUAGGAAAUAAGGGUCCAUUGAAACAGGCUUCUUCUUGGCACAGAGCUGCAGUCUGUAGUCUGCCUGUUGAGUAUGAUCAGAGGCAGAACUGACUCUCAUGAUCACGCGAAGCGCUGAUAUUUCUCUUUGAAGCGGCACUGUAUUUCAGAAAAGGUUACGAGAAGAAAGCUGACAUUUUCUGUUCUUUUGCCAAGUUAUAGGCCUAUUUUUUUUUUUCGGGCUUGGUUCUUGGCUGGUGAACCACUGAUUAGCUUAUUCUCUGUUCUAUAUUCAUACAGACACGUUCAGACUGUUGGACAGGCAGUCACAGACAAUGGUUCAUGGUUGGCAUUUCUCACCCAAAACACCAUGUUUUUCUCCAGACCAAAUAUAUAUAAUUAUUUCUAAUUAUUUCACACCUAUCAAAAGUGUGUUAGGAGUGUGUCCAUGACUCUGUCCAUGAUGUGUUGUUGACCUCUUCCUUACCUUUCUCCCCCCCUCCCAGUGGUCUAACCCAUGAGGGCCACACCCGUGAUGUGGAGCAGGUCUACCUGCGUUGUUCCCAGGGUUCCCUCGACUGGCUCUACCCUACAGGGGCCAUCAUCGUCAACCUGCGGCCCAACACCCAGUCCCCGGCAGCCGCCCGUCUCUCCGUCUGCGUCAAGCCCUCCAGGGACUCCCACGGGGCUAACAUCUACCUGGACCGGGCCGGGAAGCUGCGUCUGCUGCUGAGGGAGCAGGACCAGGCCCAGGGGAAGGUGACCUGCUUCAGCAUCCAGGAAGGGGCUAUGUUCAUAGAGGCCAUACCUCACAGAGACAUCAGUAAGAGGAUCACCUCGUUUCAGUAUGAGCUGGUGACAGAGAGGACCGGAGGUGGAGCCUUGGCUGGGGUGGAGCCACAUGCACUGUCCGGUAAGAUACACUCCUAUUGUUGUUGCUUUGGUCAUUAAAGGGGAAGUUCACUAUGGCUAAAGUAAAGACAGUACAGUAUGAAGACAGGCUAAAACUGCUUCUCCAGUAGAAAUUCCCGUUCACAAUUGUAGGCGAUGUCAUGGUGACGUUGGCUAUCAAAGCUCACGUCUAACGGUCGCUUCGCGCCGAACUGUGCAUGUGCAGGCCGUCAAAUCAAAGGCACUCUUUCCAUAUAAAGUUGUUUUUGACAAAUGAAAGCGUGUCAGUUUGUAAUAACAUAUUCAACUAUUUAAGACAUUGUCUCGAAUCUAGGUUGUGCGUUUUUAGAUUUAGAGAAAAUAAAUAAUUAUUCACCUCUCUCAUUGACUUCUCAUACCCCAAACCCCGGCCUGGUCUGGUCGGUCUGUUUCACAAGCAUGCCCCGAAGUCUUGCGAUGUUGCGGCUCUGGGUUUAGAAACUCUGUGGCUAAAGUCAACUGAAGUUUGUAGUGGCUGAUGGCAGACAACUGAACCAUAGAUUAUAGUUUCUCCUGGCCCAUUACACUACUUUCAAGGUGAGGAACCUUCUAACAUCAAGUUGUAAAAUCCUGAACAUCCCCUUUUAAUGCUAAAGUUGGUGAAAAUGGCUAAAUAGAGGAAUCCUAACAGUGGAUUACAGACUCUCCUGAUUGGCCCAGAGACUACAUUCAAGGAAAGGAACCAUCUAACUAAUGAUGUCAUUUUGGUGACCUAUCCCUUUGAGUUUUGUAUCAAUGUCAUGAGGCCUGAACAGUAUCCUUACUGUUCCAGUUGAGUUAUCCAGACUGAGGUAGAUCAGAGAAAGUCAACUGGGCAUUCAGCUGACAGUUUUUUUGAUUGACUCACUAUGAAAUAGUUUCCUUUGUCUCGGUGUCUGUAGUCAUGACAUAGCUCUGUACUAAAUGCAGCCAUCUGCUGGUGAAAACGUCUCAGUUUGCAGAUCUGUAUUUAUAAGAAAAAACAAUUCCAAAUUAUUUUUGAUAUUCAAUUUUCAGUUUAUUUCUCUUUCUACUGAAGAAAGUCUGAAUCUCAGUGUUGUUUUUGUAAUAUUAUGUUACACUGACAAUUCUAUGUUGAUAUUUCACAGUUACCUUCCCACAAGUUAGUCUUAUGAACUGGUGUACCCAUGGGACUGAGUUGACUUGGGGAGUGUUUCAUAGCUGACAGUACCCUGGUCUGUCUGUAUGGAGGGCUACAGUGAAACGGAGAGGGCCUCACUCUAAAAACAGAGCCGUGUUUUCAUCAUGCUGUGUACCUGCCAACCCUGCAUGACUCCUGUCUGCGAAGAGAUCCAGACCAGAGACACUGUGUUUUUCUUCCACUAAAUGAGUAAUAGGAGUUACAUCUGUUUCUACCUCUUUCUGGGGUCACGUGUUCAUAUCCUGCAUAAUCAGCUGGCACAAUGAUGAGAUAGAGAGACUGAUAAACAGUCAGGACCUAAUGUAGAAGAUCUAACAUAGUGGUGUAAUGGUUGUAGCUAGUGUAGUUAGCUCAGGUUGGGCUUAAUGAAGGUGAUCUAACAUAGGGGUGUAAUGGUUGUUUUGGCCAGGUUGUAGCUAGUGUAGUUGGCUCAGGUUGGGCAUAAUGUAGUGCUGCUGGGUCCAGGUUCUAAUGUAGUAGCCUAAGGCUCAGGGUUGUUUUGACCGGCUUGGUUUCCUGCGCUCUGUGCUUCUGUGGUAUGAGCUUGUGGUGUGAUGUGGCGGCAGGUCCCUAGCCCAGGGGGAGAGGGAGGGAGGGAGCCCUGGGUCUUGUGUCGUUGACUCGGCAGCAGGGUCUAGAGGGCUUGGUGAUCUGAGUGCACUUGUUUGGCUCUGUUUUCUCUCUCUCCCUCUCUCUCUCUCCCUCUCCCUUUCUCUCUCCCUCUCUCUCUCCCUGUAUGUUUUUCUCCACUUCUUUCUAGUUCUCUCUGUCAGACCUGCUGUGCUGGGAUUGAGUUGCUCUCUCAUCCAUCUCCCUGGAAUGUAUCUCACACCAGAUGUUGAGAGAAGACCUUUAUUUCUCUCUCUCUCUGCCUCCUCUCUCUCUCUCUCUCUCUGCCUCCUCUCUCUCUGCCUCCUCUCUCUCUGCCUCCUCUCUCUCUCUCUCUCUCUCUCUCUCUCUCUUUCCUACAUCUAUAUUUCUCCCUCUGUCUACUCUUCUCUUUCAUUCCUCUUCCCUUCAUCUGUCCUGUCUUCCCUCUCUUCCUCUGUCCUUCUGAAGUGGUUGUCAUCAGAGAAGGGUGGUAUUGCUGCGCUGCACUCCAUUAGAGGGGAAUGCAUCUGGUACCAGAUGUUGCAGCUGGGGACACCAUCUCCCCCUUUCCUUCCCUCCACCUCUCCUCCCAUCCCUCCAUCCCCUCUCUGUGAAGUGGUUGUGAUGGGAGCAGUGCAGUGUGUUUGGGUAGAGAAAGAUGACUCCAACUCAGAUCAUGCCAGGCCAUUCCUGUGGCAACGUUUCAUGUCUGACAUGUGAGCCCUGACCAGAGUGCGAGACCAGAGAGGGAGAGAGUGAAACCAGAGAGAGAGAGAGCAAGACCAGAGAGAGAGACCGAGACCAGAGAGAGACCGAGACCAGAGAGAGACCGAGACCAGAGAGAGACCGAGACCAGAGAGAGACCGAGACCAGAGAGAGAGAGAGAGAGAGGGAGACCAGAGAGAGAAAGAGAGAGAGAGAGAGGGAGACCAGAGAGAGAGAGGGAGACCAGAGAGAGAGAGGGAGACCAGAGAGAGAGAGGGAGACCAGAGAGAGAGAGGGAGACCAGAGAGAGAGAGGGAGACCAGAGAGAGAGAGGGAGAGACCAGAGAGAGAGAGAGAGGGAGAGACCAGAGAGAGAGAGGGAGACCAGAGAGAGAGAGAGAGGGAGAGACCAGAGAGACCAGAGAGAGAGAGAGACCAGAGAGAGAGAGAGACCAGAGAGAGAGUGUGACCAGAGAGAGAGUGUGACCAGAGAGAGAGUGAGACCAGAGAGAGAGAGAGAGACCAGAGAGAGAGAGGGAGACCAGAGAGGGAGAGAGUGUGACCAGAGAGAGAGAGAGACCAGAGAGAGUGUGACCAGAGAGAGAGAGAGACCAGAGAGAGACCAGAGAGAGAGAGGGAGAGAGAGAGACCAGAGAAAGAGAUAGAGGGAGGAGAGCAGCUAGCUGGAAAAAACGUGGCUGCCUCGCGAAUAGCACCCUAUCCCCUACGGGCCCUGGUCUAAAGUAGUGCACUAUAAAGGGAAUAGGGUACUGUUUGGGACUCAGAACAGGGUUAAGGUUUGGAGCCUGUGGUACGCCAUGUCCUAGAGGUUCUCUGAAGCUAUGGCGGCAGCCCCAACCCUCUCAUCAAAGGCCCUGCUCCCUACUCGUUGCACUGGGGGCGAGGGGGGCAGUCAUUCGUUCGGUCGGCUACUCUGAUGUCACCCUCCUCUCCAGCUGUUCCUAAGCCCCUGAGCCUGUGGCUGGGUAACCCCUGACCCCCAACUUCUGACCUCUGUUGGUUGUGCGCAGCGCCAUGUGUUUACAACACCAGCUGACCUGGGACUUGCACUCAUCAACCCCUCCUCACACUUCCCUCCUCACCCUCCCCUCAACCCCUCCUCACCCUCCCCUCAACCCCCCCUCAACCCCUCCUCACCCUUCCCUCAACCCCUCCUCACCCUCCCCUCAACACCUCCUCAACCCCCCCUAUCCUCCCCUCAACCCCUCCUCAACCCCCCAACUUUCUCUGUGGGGCUGACCCUCUAGCCACAGUGUUUUAUAAGACCUAAUGAAGACUUUCUCUGUGGGGCUGACCCUUUAGCCACAGUGUUUUAUAAGACCUAAUGAAGACUUUCUCUGUCACUAGAGAAUCCAGACUGGGAUGAUUUAGAGACCUUUCCUCUGUCAUAAAGACCUCACUAGAGACUGCAGACUGGGAUGAUUUAGAGACCUUUCCUCUGUCAUAAAGACCUCACUAGAGACUGCAGACUGGGAUGAUUUAGAGACCUUUCCUCUGUCAUAAAGACCUCACUAGAGACAGAGAUAGAUUCCAGGAGGAGGGUAGAGGAGAGUGGCUGGGUGUAUGUGACCUGUAGUAUAGCCCUAAGACUGGGGGUUUCACUAUAUGACCAGGGACUGGGGGUUUCAUAACCAUGUCAACAUGAGGUCAAAAUCAGGCCUAUAACCAUGUUUACACGAGGUCAAAACCAGGCCUAUAACCAUGUUUACAUGAGGUCAAAACCAGGCCUAUAACCAUGUUUACACGAGGUCAAAACCAGGCCUAUAACCAUGUUUACACGAGUUCAAAACCGGCCUAUAACCAUGUUUACACGAGGUCAAAACCAGGCCUAUAACCAUGUUUACAUGAGGUCAAAACCAGGUGUAUAACCAUGUUUACAUGAGGUCAAAACCAGGCCUAUAACCAUGUUUACAUGAGGUCAAAACUAGGCCUAUAACCAUGUUUACAUGAGGUCAAAACUAGGCCUAUAACCAUGUUUACACGAGGUCAAAACCAGGCCUAUAACCAUGUUUACAUGAGGUCAAAACUAGGCCUAUAACCAUGUUUACAUGAGCUCAAAACCAGGCCUAUAACCAGGUUUACAUGAGGUCAAAACCAGGCCUAUAACCAUGUGAACACGAGGUCACCAUUGCAAACAUAGUUACCUCUGUUCCCAGUGAGCCUUGUAGAAAGACACCAUGUGCAGCCAGCCCAGGUCAGAGAUGUAGCAGCUUUGCCUUGCCUCAUCUGGAGUGUCAGGCAGGGUGUGUUGGGGGUGGUCUCUGUAGCCUCUGAGAGGUGCCUCCUGGGGCAUCCACCUCCCCCAUCCUCACCCUCACACCCCGUCCUCCCCUCACCUCCCCCAUCCUCUCCCUCACACCCCGUCCUCCCCUCACCUCCCCCAUCCUCCUCCUCACACCUGUCCUCCCCUCACCUCCCCCAUCCUUCCUCUCACACCCCGUCCAACCCUCACCCCCCCCCUGCCACCCCGUCCUCCCCGCACCUCCCCCACACAUCCCCUCCCAGCACCAGGCCUGUUUAAUGAGUAGCCCCUGUCCUGUAUCUCAGGCCGACAGAGAGACAGUCAGUCAGUCAGGACCAGGUCCGCUCUGUUUGGUGUAAAAGUCAUAGUCCAUGACAGGAGACUCCCGUCCUGCUGCCUGCCUGUUGGCCUGCCUGUUCUGCCUGGGCUGCUGGGUAAAUAAGCAACCAUCUGGGAGAGCUGAAAUUAAUUACAGCACAUGCAUCCCUACGGGCCACAGCCCACUUCCUGUGUGUGUGUGCGGCACGUGUCUUCAAUGACCUGCUUUGUGACUGUUCUUUAAAUCGUUGAAGUGCUAGAGUUGAUAGGGUUGUCUGACCUUAAAUAAUGAAGGCCUCACUUUGAUCCCUGGUAGAACUCUCUGUCUGUCUUUUGUCCUGUAGCUCAUCUCCUCUCUCGCUCUUUCUUUCUUUCUUUCUUUCUUUCUUUCUUUCUUUCUUUCUUUCUUUCUUUCUUUCUUUCUUUCUUUCUUUCUUUCUUUCUUUCUUUCUUUCUUUCUUUCUUUCUUUCUUUCUUUCUUUCUUUCUUUCUUUCUUUCUUUCUUUCUUUUGUCCAGUAGCUCAUCUCUUCUCUCUUCUCUCUCCACAGCCCCCUGUCAGCCCUGCAGUGAUGCUGAGGUGCUGUUAGCCGUCUGCACCAGCGACUUUGGUAAGAACUAUUUAGAAACCCUUUAUACAUUAUUUUAGGUAUAGUUAUUAAAGGUACAAUAUGUCAAAAUGUCCUGGUUGCUAACUGAUCUACCGCUUAUUUCACUUGCUUUCAAUGAGAAUGACAGAUCUAUAACUCACAUUUUAUAUGUGCAUUUGGUCGGGUCGCCCACAAAGUUAUAUUAUGGACCUUUAAAUGUGAAGUGUUACUGUUGUGUUUAUGGCAUUGUUUGUAUUUUACUGUUGUAGUAUUUGUUCUACUUUAUACUGUACUGUAGUACUCUAACAUCUAUCAACGCUCUCCUGUCUUCCUCUCUGCAGUGGGGAGGGGCACCAUCCAGGGGGUGGAGCAGGAGGCGGAGCAGUUGUCGGUCACCGUGGCAAUAAGCCGCCUGUACAGACAGAAGACUCAGGUGUUUGUGUCAGGGGGGGUGAGAGUGAGGAGGUGGACAGGCAGGGUGAGGAUGCCCAGGCAGUGUGGGGUGAGGCCCGGCCCAGGGAAGGGGGAUGGAGACUUCCUGUUCACGGGGAGCGUAAGGUUCGGGGAGGCCUGGAUGGGGUGUGCCCCGAGAUACAAGGACUUCCUCAGACUGUACCAGGGUGGCAGAGCAGAGUGGGACUAACCCCUGUCAUGUGGACACAGACUGAGGGUCAGGGAGCUACCUGGCCUGGAAACACCACCAAACACAAACUGAAGGUCAGAGAGCUACCUGGCCACACCCACAACAACAGGCCGCUUCCUGAAUGGACAGCAGACCCAGGUCUGAGCCUAAUGUGGACACUAACUGAGAGGGGCGCAGACAGACAGAUGGACAGACAGUCUGCUGCAGACACACAGAUACCUUCUCCUUCUACGGUCUUCCUGCUCUGGAGCUCCUGAAUGUUGCCAAGCAGCACUGUGACUGUUGGACCAAUUUCUCAACGCCAACGUUGUUGUUGUUGUGGAAUGUUCUAAGACUGUUCUAGAAUGUUCUAAGACUGUUCCAUUGGAAUGUUCUAAGACUUCUAUUCUCUGAGAAGUACAUCAACUGUCAGAUGAUGUGAGGUUUCUAAUGUAGCAGACCCUCUUUGGAACUAAUGUGUAUAAAAUGUUGUGGAUAAAAUGUGCAAGAUGAAGAUUUCUGAAACAGAGGAUCCAACUGCUUUGUGAAAAGCUUGAUGUACAGUUUUGAAGAUGUUUCUUAUGAAAGAAAUGUAUACAUUUAAAGCCUGCUUUUUAUUUGUGAUUUAUUUUGUUUUUUAAAUGUAGAAGUGCAAUUUACAGCCUUUAUUAUGUCCUCAGGCUGUUGAAUUAUAAAACCCUUUUUUUUCUUUUUUCUUCUUCUUUUUUUUUAUUAAAAGUUGUAUUCCUUGGAACAUCGCGUUGUGUGUGUGUGUGUGCGCACGUUUUGUGUGUGUGUGAAAUGAAAAUAUAUUUAA